UUGGACAUAUUUUUCUAAUACCCCAAUUUAUGUAACCCCUCUAUUUACAACUUCCUUUUUAUUAUUCUGACAUACCGUCAUCUGCUGCUGACUUGAAAGCAUCAUAAAACAAAUCUUCGGAAAAUUUUAUACCAUUAUUUUUAUCGACUUAGUAUAGUUACUAGCGUCAGUUUGAUCGAUAUUUUAUACAGUUGAAGUGUGGGAUUUGGUAAACAAAUAGUAAAAUGGGGCUUACCAGCAAUACGGGACUUUUAGCUAGUGUCACUGACAAGCCAUCGUUCCCGAGAGAAAAGAGUCAGAUAGACUUAAGAUGCGACGUAUCACCAGCGCCGUUCAUGCUGCGGCCGUACGCUGGGUUGUACAACCCGUUCCCGCAUUCCUGUUCAGUGCUGUGCAACCAUCCUGCCGACACAGAGGCCAAGGAGGUCGUUAGGAGGGCAAAAGACAGCUGGGUUCUGGAAGGGAAAUCUCAUUACAUCCCAGAAGACCUUACGAAGUUCCAAGACCAAAAUUCUUCGGAGAAAAUAAGGAGUCCUCAUGACAUCGUCACGGAGGAUAUGUUUAGACGGUACACGGAGACUGACUCUCGUCCACAUACGCCAGCGCCGACCCUCGCCAGCGGCAAGUCCAGGGGGUCCAGGCGAUGUCUCACGCCAGACCAACCGCAUCAGAGGACAGCUAUCGUGCUGGACUUGCGAAGGAGUCACAGUCAGGAAACACUUUACUUCCACGGCUACGCGACCUCCGAGUUGACAGUAGCUCAAACGACAGUCACUAACGAGCGAUCGACACUGCCUUCUCUGAACCUGUCUGAAGGCGCCCACAUCCGGCUCGCGAAGGGCCAGUGCGAACAACUCCCCCCUCUCGCCUCGCCACUUGUGCUUGCGCAGAGAACUAUCACCGUUAAGGAGCUACCCAGCGUCAGGAACGUGAAAAAGAACCAACUCAAAGCAUUGAACCUGGGUAAAGUUCCCAAGAUCAAGAAUAACAAGGCAGACGUUCCAACCUCUCAGCGAUCAAAAGGCAAGGAGUCCAAUGAAGGCAGCGAGGCAGCUUUGGCUAAUCUGGACGACGCUGGAGAAGGACGCAGACGGGGCAAGAGACGUCGCAAAGGUCGGCAACCCAGCGACCGGCUGACCUCAGCUGGACUCGCGGCGCAGGCGCAGCAGGACCCCGAAACACAGAUAGCCGGCAUCAGGUCCGACUCAAAGAACCCAAGCUCCCGAGGGUCCAUAGCCAUUCCUGAUGAUGACGAGAUAACAGUGCUGCCAUUCAUCAAGUCAGGGGCGCCCAGGAAGAACGAUUCAUUUCUCGAUGACGACAUCCUGAAGUAUUUGCACAGGGAGGUCGAUGAGGAUGCUAUUGAGACCGAGUUUGAUACGAAGCGACGUUAUGUCCUAGAAGAAGCAUACCGCACCCGCCCAGACCGGCCCCUGGGUCCAGAAAUGCAGGACCUCCUGAAAGAAAUGAAAGUUUCGGCCGUCAGCUUGGGCGACUGGCUGCACAUACCCAGGGUGUUCUCCAGGCAGAACGCCCAGUUCACGUUGCCUAUUGACUCCUAUGCUUUAGAGACUCUCACCCCCAUGAACUACGCGGCGCGGUUCGUGAGCCUGAAGAAGUCCAAACAGCUGCUCUACCUCACCGUGCUCAGGAAGUUCAGGAGUCGCAGCUACAGGAUGCCUAUUGAGAGAAUCGAAGAAGGCCUAUUACUCAUGAUGGGCGGUAUUCUUACCGAGGAGAGAGUGAAACACUUCAAAGCCAUCAUGGACUGGGACAGCUACGUGGAAGAAGACAACAUACCUGAUGACAUCAAGCUGACACUCUUGGAUUCCGGGUUCAAGUACGAGAGGCCGAUCACCAAGGAGGGUGAUCCUGAAGAGUCUGACGCAAAUACAAUAAAAUACCGUACGUGGUGCGGUCUUUGCGCUAUCUGCGAGCGAAUGUACGGCAGAUUCCCGCCAAGGGAUAAAGAUCCACCGGAUGGGAUGGAGCUUAGUGAUUUCACGAUGAUCGAAACCAAGUUGGCUGUACUGAAAGUCAACAAAGGGCUUGUGGAAAUACUAAAUACUAUAAGGGAGCGAUGAUAGGUAUUUUUAAAGACAUUUUUAGAAGAAAUAUACAUAGG